AUGGCAACACUCAACUCCCAACCAGACGGCCCUCUACAAGCCGCUCUACUGGAGACAACUACAGCAGCCUCUAUUAGGGCUACCGAAGGCCAGAGGAUCUUUAGCCCGAUAGCAAUCUUUCUUGACAAGCACCGGAGCCAGCCAGGGCUUGCGCCUCACCAGCGAGGCGCGCUCGACGCGCUCAGCAACGACCUGGCUGAUAUAGCCCAACGCCACUUCAGUGCCUAUAUCAGCGGAGUUUCUUCGACCUUGACUACGACCCCCCCUGCCCCUGCCCCUGCCCCUGCUUCUCUUCCCCCGUCUCCCCCUCCAUCUCGCCCCCCCUCCGGUCUUGCUCAGUCGACGUACGCGACAGUCACCCAAACAACCAAGGCCAAAGGCCCUUCUACGUCUCGGCCUAAGGCCAAGCAAAAGACUAUAACUCCUGCCCCUGACUAG